AAUUCUGUUGGAAAAUUUUCACGAGAUUCCAAUUUUUCAGUGGUCAGGUACGGUAGUCUAUCGGGUCGGCGGGGUCGUUUACCUUCAAAAACGAAACUAUUUCAUUCAGACGAUCCACCCAGUCCACCUCUGCCAUUGCUUACACUCAUUAGUAAGGCGUAUGAUGAAUCAAAAUCUGCACCCAAUGGCUUCACAACUUUCUACGAAUUGCAGAGUGGCACUGUAGAGCAAAUGUUGAUGGCGUUCGAGAACGAGUUUCGUUCAUUCAUGCAUUUUGUCGAAAAAAUACCUGGCUCAUCGGAAAUCUCUCAGUCGGAUACGAUUGCACUCAUUGAACACAACUUCUUCGCUUUAAUUGCACUCAAACUCUGCAAUAGGUAA